UUCUUUCAAGUAGGGACAUGCCAAUGCACUUCAACGAUUAAUAAAAUCAUUGCAGGAAGAUAUAUUAUUUCAAAUUUUCAAUAUCAUACCACAAAUUUGUGAUCUUCUUUUUCAUGAUAGAUAGAGAAAUCAUACAGCCCUUCUUCCAAAUUCAAUGGAUACGUCUGAAAAUGAUAAAGGCGUAGCCAAUUCCUCCAAAGAACUUGAUGCUGGAGCUUUGUUUGUGUUGAAAUCAAGAGGUUCAUGGCUGCACUGUGGUUACCACUUGACUACUUCAAUCGUAGCACCAGCACUUCUAAGUCUUCCCUAUGCUUUGUCCUUGCUGGGCUGGUUUGCUGGUGUUGUAUGUCUCACAAUUGGAGCUCUGGUAACAUUCUAUUCCUAUAACCUUCUCUCAUUGGUUCUGGAGCACCAUGCACAGCUAGGGCAUAGACAGCUUAGGUUCAGAGACAUGGCUAAAGAUAUAUUAGGACCCGGAUGGGGCAAAUACUUUGUGGGUCCAAUCCAAUUUGGCGUAUGCUAUGGUGCUGUUAUUGCUGGUGUUCUUCUUGGAGGGCAGAGCCUCAAGUUCAUUUACUUGCUUUCUACUUCUCAUGGAACCAUGGAGCUAUACCAAUUUGUGACUAUUUUUGGCAUCCUGAUGCUAGUCUUAGCUCAGAUUCCAUCAUUUCACUCCCUCAGGCACAUCAACCUUGUUUCUUUAAUCCUUUCCCUUGCUUACAGUGCUUGUGCCAUGGCUGGUUCCAUUUACAUAGGACAUUCAAAGAAUGCACAAGCAAAGGACUAUUCUAUCAAUGAAAGAGGAUGGAAUCGUCUCUUCGGAUCGUUGAAUGCUAUUUCAAUUAUUGCAACCACAUAUGGGAAUGGAAUUAUUCCUGAAAUACAGGCAACCAUAGCAGCUCCAGCGAAGGGAAAAAUGUUCAAAGGCCUACUGGUCUGUUAUGCUGUUGUAGCGACCACAUUUUUCAGUGUAGCAAUCUCUGGAUAUUGGGCAUUUGGGAAUCAGGCCAAGGGAACAGUUUUAAUGAAUUUUAUGCCUGAUGACAAGCCUUUAUUACCCUUUUGGGUUCUCCUGAUGACCAAUGUUUUUACACUCUUGCAAGUAGCAGCUGUAACUGUGGUUUACUUGCAACCAACAAAUGAAGUGCUUGAACAGAAGCUUGCGGAUGCAAAGAUUGAUCAAUUCUCCAUCAGGAAUAUGGUGCCAAGGUUAAUCUUCCGCUCGUUGUCGGUAGUCAUAGCCACAACUAUUGCUGCCAUGUUUCCUUUCUUUGGAGAUCUUAAUGCAGUGAUUGGAGCAUUUGGAUUCAUACCUUUAGACUUCAUUUUACCUGUGGUCUUCUAUAAUGUGACUUUCAGGCCAUCAAAGCAGGGGCUAAUGUUUUGGGGAAACACAUUGGUUGCCAUAAUCUUUUCAGCGCUAGGAGUUUUGGGUACAAUUUCUUCAAUUAGGCAAAUAGUUAUUGAUGCCAAUACAUACAGUUUGUUUGCUAAUGUGUAAAGACACCAACUGUCUGCUAUAAAUGAUCAAUGGAAUUGGUGGCUCAUAUUAUUGUAAUA